AUGGCGACCUUUCGAACAAGACGUCUCCUCCUCGCCGCUCUCCUCGCCAUUGCAACCACAGUCUACGCUCAUGGCGGCCAUGACAAGAUUCCCAAGGGCGAAGUCAUCUCCGUAGAGCCCAUCGACACCACCCUCUGGACUCACAUAUUGAUUCAAUCCGUCGCAUGGGGCAUCAUCUUUCCCACAGGCAUGGUCCUCGGCCUCGUGCGUUCGCGAUGGCACGUUCCCGCUCAGAUUUUGGGAGCGGCGUUAGCAGUGGUUGGAUACUUCAUCGGACACCUGCAUAAGGGACGGCAGUUUGGCCCGAAUGCGCAUGCCAAGUUUGCGAACUUGCUGAUGUUCAUUCUGGUGGCGCAGGCUGUUUUGGGGGUGUAUUUGAAGAUGCAUAUCGAAAGAGGAUUCUUGGGUACGAUAAGGAAGGGCUUGGUGAAAGCACACGGCGUGUUGGGUGGGAUACUGCCAGUGGCGGCUUGGGUACAGAUGCUGUUUGGUGGAAUUGCUGCUCAAGGAUUUUGUCAGGGAGAUCAUGUUGGGCAGUGUGCGGCACAUUUCAUCAUGGGAAGCGCGUUUGUGGGAUAUGGGAUUACGUUGACCUUAUUGCUGCUGAACGGACAAUCCUUCCUCGCGAGGACGGGCAGAAGUCAAGAGUUUUGGGACAGCUUGGUCAUCGCACUUUGGGGUUGCGUGAACACCUUCACGGAACACAGGUGGGGCACGGCUUGGGUAAGAAAUGAUUUGCAGCAUACCAGUAUGGGCAUCAUUUGGUGGGCAGCUGGCCUCGUUGGAAUCUGGCUUUCUCGCGAUAGACAAGGACGGCCGAAGAGAAACCUCAUUCCUGGUAUUGUGAUCUUCAUGACUGGCUGGGGAAUGAGCGGACACCCGCAGGAACUGAUGCUGAGCACCGAAGUCCACAAAUUCUUUGGUUACACCCUUAUGGCCGCUGGCUUAACACGUAUGAUCGAGAUCAGCUUUGUGCUACGUGACCGAACCACCCUCGUGGGCCCUGGAGGUGGCGACGUGGACGCUGAGAUCAACAGUUUCCAAUACCUGCCUCCAUUCCUGCUCAUAGCGUCAGGGUUCAUGUUCAUGGGCGCGACUGAGGAGCAGAUUCAGGUUCUGGCUCAGAGUGGUGUGUCACAUGUGGCGUACAUUCUGGUUCUGUACAGCGUUGCAUUCAUAAUAUUUCUCUUUACCCUCAUGCUCCUACACCUCUACUCUGCAUAUGCGGAAUCAAACACAGCUGGCAAGAAGCCAAUCAAGCUUGACGAUGAGGAGCGGCCUCACAUGAAUGGCCAUGCGAGGAUACCCAACGCAGCAGAUCGCCAGGCUCAGGAUGCGGAGGAGUUUGAGCUUGAAGGUCUCAUGAGUGACGAUGACGAGCCAGAUGCGCGCAAGACGAAUGGGCACCUACCGCGUACAUGA